AACAAAUCCAUCUAAGAGUGUGGUAACUAUAAAACCUGAAUCAGCUUUUGAAUUCCAAAACAAUCCCAUUAAUGAAAUAGAAUUUAGAUCCAUAAGUAGGAUUAGUGACCUUUGCAGAAAAGGCGAGUUGAUAAAAAAGGGUAUUACUAUUUCUAAAAUUGAUUUAGAUUUAGAUGAUGAAGUCAGAAUUGAUGGUCAGAGGUUAAGAAUGUUUCAGAAAUUUCAGGGAGAUAUCCAAAUAUUCUAUCCGGAAGUCCUCCAAAAAAACACCGAACUAGCCCAAAAAGAAAAUGAAUUUGUUUCAUUAGUAACUGAACUUAGUGAGGUUAUUCGAAAAAAUAAUCAAGAAGUGGUUCCUCAGGGCCAAAAACUAGGCUUAAACUUACCAACUAUUUAUGCUGAAGUCUUAAAAUAUUUUGGAUUAAAUUUUUUUAAGGAAUUAGAUAAGAAAUUAUCCCUUACUGAUUCCCAUAACCAACUUAUUAUUGCUGAGAAUGAAAUAAUCAGAACAAAAAAAGAAAAUAUCAAAACUAAUGUUUAUGAGAUUUAUAACAAGAACUUAAAAAAAAUAGAGAAUUACCAAAAGAAUGGACCUUCAUCCGGUAGUGGUUUAGAGAAAUUAAAAACCCAAGCCAUCGAAAGAAUUAACGAAGUUUUGAACAGCAAAGACAAUUUGCAAAAUAUUGAUUUAUCUACUUUGGAAAGUGUCUUAAAAAACUUCGCAACCCAACAAAGAGACAAAGAAGAUUCUUCUAGAAACCAAAAUAACAAGGUAGAUAUUAGUAAAAUUAUCAGUGCUUCUUCGUUACCAGAAGCCCGAAACAUCGCUAAGAAGUUAAUCAUUAAUUUACUUUUGCAGUAUGGAAUUAAAAGGGAAGAUUUAAACAAAGUUUGCUCUCGUCAAGGAAGUUCGGAUUGA